AGUGAAUAAUAGCAAAGCGAAGGACUUUGGGGUAAUUCUUCGAAGAGCAGGUUGAAGGUUGAACAACGCAGCUGGGAUCUGGUAAUGAGGUGGACUUGGCAUCAGACCAGCCCAAAUAUUAUAUACAGCGCCCACCAUAUUACCAGUUUAAGAAACACCACGAGAAUCUUCUUCCGGCAAAUUUGCUUGGCCUUCUCAAUCAGCUUCUUGCUCUUUCUUUCCCAUUUGUUUCUCUCAUCAAUAAAUAAACUCAUUUCUUGUAUUUCUAACAAAACCCUGUAACUACCUCUUUCGUGACAUUUCAUCUAUCUUUUGUAGCUGAAAUCAUCCUUCUAUGCUCAUAUUAUCUGCUUCUUUGUUUGAUUUCUCUUCAUUGCUUCCCUUUCUUUCGAGCUUCAAAAGAGUAAGGGGAUAGAAAGAAUGGAGAUUUGGAAGUGGGUUUUUGUUGGAAUUCUCUGCUUUGCUGCCUUUGCAUCGACUGCUGGUGCUGUGAAGCUGGGUAGGGGUCAACCCACUGAGAGGAUUUCAGGUAGUGCUGGUGAUGUUUUAGAAGAUGAUCCUGUAGGAAGACUAAAAGUUUUUGUUUAUGAACUUCCAAGCAAAUACAACAAGAAGGUUCUGCAAAAGGAUCCAAGAUGCCUCACCCAUAUGUUUGCUGCUGAGAUCUUUAUGCAUCGGUUUCUUUUAUCUAGUCCUGUUCGAACGCUCAAUCCUGAGGAAGCUGAUUGGUUUUAUACCCCUGUAUACACCACUUGCGACUUGACACCGAAUGGCCUCCCUUUGCCUUUUAAAUCGCCAAGAAUGAUGAGAAGUGCUAUCCAGCUUAUUUCUUCAAACUGGCCUUAUUGGAACCGGACUGAAGGUGCUGAUCACUUUUUCGUUGUGCCCCAUGACUUUGCAGCAUGCUUCCAUUAUUUGGAAGAGAAGGCCAUUGAAAGAGGAAUUCUUCACUUGCUCCAACGGGCUACCUUGGUGCAAACUUUUGGACAACGUAAUCAUGUCUGCUUAAAAGAGGGAUCAAUAAUUGUUCCUCCAUAUGCCCCUCCCCAGAAAAUGCAAGCCCACUUUAUUCCUGAGAAAACCCCUAGAUCUAUCUUUGUCUACUUCAGAGGGUUGUUUUAUGAUGUGGGAAAUGACCCAGAAGGCGGCUAUUAUGCAAGAGGUGCUCGAGCAGCAGUGUGGGAAAACUUCAAGGACAAUCCACUUUUUGACAUAUCCACAGAUCACCCAACUACAUACUACGAAGACAUGCAACGAGCCGUGUUUUGCUUGUGUCCGCUUGGCUGGGCUCCAUGGAGUCCGAGAUUGGUUGAAGCUGUUAUCUUUGGUUGCAUUCCGGUUAUCAUUGCAGAUGACAUUGUGCUACCUUUUGCGGAUGCAAUUCCAUGGGAAGAAAUUGGGGUUUUUGUAGAUGAGAAAGAUGUGCCCAACUUGGACACCAUUCUGACUUCAAUCCCACCUGAAGUGAUACUCAGGAAGCAGAGAUUGCUUGCAAACCCAUCAAUGAAGCAGGCAAUGUUAUUCCCCCAACCUGCUCAACCAGGAGAUGCUUUCCAUCAAGUUCUGAACGGACUUGCACGUAAACUGCCGCAUGAAAAAACUAUUUACUUGAGGCCAGGUGAGAAGAUCUUGAACUGGACUGCAGGUCCUGUUGGUGACCUGAAACCUUGGUAGUGGCAAUUGCAUCACAGUUGUUUGAAGAAAUUCUUAGCAUUCAUUCCCUUAGCCCAUCCAACACUGUUUCUCAGAAAUGUGAAUCUUGAUUUUGCCUCUGUUGGACUAUGCGUUUGGAUUUUGCAGGCUUAGGGAAUAGGGAUAUUGAUGAGCUGUAGAAAUUUUAUCAAGACUGUUCUAUGUUUCAAUUAUUAGAGAUUGUUGAUCA